AUGGUGCUCAAAACAUUAGUCUUGGAACAAAGAAUCGGUGUCAUACGUGGUCUGCCGAUAAGUCGUCCAGAGCUACUGAAACAGCCUGAACCAAGCGGUAUUGGUAGUAAGAAGCUUUUGCAGAUGAUUGAGACGCUGGCUACUCAGGACUCUGACGUUUCGGCCUUGAAGCGUGUAGAACUGCGACGAAUGUUUGUCAAUGCUAAUGAAAGUGGCCACCCUGCCAUUAGCUCACCAUUCGGCGAGUUUAUGCUGUUGAUGUGGGAGAAUGGGAUUAAACGCAUGACCAGACGUGGCUGUAUCUGUUGGUUUGACGGUGAUUACGGUGGUGCAGAUUAG